AUGUCACAUUCAGGUUUUCAUUAUGGGCUGAAUUUAAUGAAAAAGCCCAAUCAAGGGAACAAAAAUGCUAGAAUAAACUUUAUGGAAGAGGAAGAAGAUUCUUCUGACGAAGAAGCUGUGCAGCCUUCCACUUUUCAGGCUGUUCAAGCGGUUCCAGUAGAGAAGCCUGAAAGGAAAGAAACUACAGAGAGCGAUGCUUCAGUUUAUGGUUACGAUGAAUAUUAUGAUUCUAUGAAGAGUGCUGAGCGAGAACAACAGGAAUUAAGAAGGGAGGAAGCACAAGAGCGACGCCCAAAAUAUAUGGAAAAGCUUAUUGAAUCAGCUAAAACUAGAAAAAGAGAUAUGUUGAUUGCUCGUGAGCGAGCGCUGCAAAAACAACGAGAGUCAGAAGGUAAUGAUGGGUCUGAAAAGUUCGUCACAGGCAGUUAUAAGUUGCACCGUGAAGAAAUGGAAAAAGAAAUUGAGGAUAAGAGAAGAGAAGAGGAGGAGUUACAAGCUAAAAAUUCCCGUGGUGGUGGUAUGAAAGACUUUUAUGCUAGUAUGCUCGAGCAACAAGAGAAGGAGCAUGAAAAAGCAAUGCAAAGCACUGCAUCACAAACCUCCAGCCAGCAACAGAAUAUUAGCGAAGAGAAAUCCAACAAAGCUUCUUUGUUGGAGACUCAAAAGGCGGAUAAAUCUCUUGAAUUGAACGACAAUAAUGAAAUUAUUGAUCAGAGGCAUGUACUUUCAGCCGGUUUGAAUAUCCCAAAACCUCCGACUACGAAAUCGUCUUUACCAGCGUCUCGUGUCCCUACUGAUGGGCCACGUCGAAAUCAAGGGGCUUUUGAAUAUGAACCAAGAAAGAGCAGACAUAAUCUUAAAGGAUCGAAAGAUAUUUACUCUUUGGAGCAAGUUGGAGAACAAAAACGAAAGUACGAGGAGGAACAAAAGUUAAAGAAGGAAAAAGAAGAAGAAAAGCGAAGAGAAAUUGCAUUGAAAUCUCAUACGCCAAAGACAACGAGCCAAGAUCAAGUUUUGUCUGCCCGCGAGAGAUAUUUAAAAAGAAAACGCGAAGCUGCCAAAUCAGAAGGCGAUUCAUAA